AUGUACAAUACCCAGCCUGUUUGCAAGCCGAGGCUGGAUGUUGCUGAAAAAGCACGUGCUUAUGAUAGACAUACCCAUGCUCUUAAAUAUAACAAGCAUUCUCCAAUAUCUACUCAACCUCCUUUGGCACCAAGUGUUAGAAUCUAUGAAAGGUCUAGGAAUGAAGAGCGAGAACUCAUAAAGCAAAAAGACAAAAUCAAUUCUAAGAUUAUUGACGAAGUUUGGAAAAGAGCACAUGGUAUUCCAAUUCCAAAUGAUACAUCGAAAUUAUCAAAACCUCAAACUGCAAGAACUAGAGCAGUUAAAAAACCAUGGAGUUCAUUAUUGCUCGAGAAAGAGUCAUUGUUCCCAAACAAACAAGAACAAAUAAUGAAUUCUUCUCGUUCAAUCCACAGAAAACAAGCUCAAUUUGAAGCUUCUGCAUCUGUAUUUUCUAAAGAACCCGAAUCUGGUAUGCAUGUACGCUAUAACAAGCCAACUCGAAGUAAUAUGAGUCCGUUAAGACGUUCUCAAGAGAAUUCUGCAAGAGUUCCAAGAGCUCACUCUGAUGAUGGCUUCAAAAUAAAUAAUAAUAUUCCGGAAGAAGAUCAAACUAUAGAAGAAAUCGAACCUCCUCCAGAAAACGAGAACGAGAAUGAAACUAUGGACAACGAAAGACCAUCAGCUAUUAUACAAGGAUUGCUUCAAUCAUUAGAUGAUACAUCUGAAAUCUCACAAGAUAUUGUUAAUAUGGAUAAUUAG